AUGAAUGGGACGGUUUCAUUAACCUCACUUAAUCAACAAAAUGGUAAUAAAAUAUGUUGUAUUUGUUUGGAAAAAACAUCAGUUGAUAUACCAAUAAUCAAUUGUGAUCAUCGAUAUGAAUUUUGUAAUGAAUGUAUAAUGCAAUGGUUUACUAUGAAAAAAUUAGAUUGUCCCAUAUGUCGAAAAGUUUGGCAAGAUAAAGCAUAUUCAGAUACAUCAAGUCAAAUUGAUAGUCAUUUAGCUGUUUCACUUGAAUCACUUUCAUCAUCAAUUAUUGAAAAUACUUAUCAACCAUCUGCAACUUAUUUUGGAAUGUUUUAUCCAACCAUAAGUACAUCAACAACAAGAGCUCGUCGACAAAUCGCAGCUUCACUUCUUAUAACUUGUGGAAAAAUGGCCGACAAUAACACAAACAUGGUAGCAAUAGCUAAUAGCAUGCUUAAUGCUGCUGACGAAGAUGAUCGAGAAGCAGCUCUCCGAGCAGCCGAAAUAUUGCGACAAGAACUCGAAAAACAAGCUUUUCUUGAGCAGCAAGCACAACAAGUGACAAACAACAAUAAUCCAACUUAA